AUGCACCAGAUGUUUGCUAGCGUGAUUGGGAAGCCAUUGAGAGUUGAUGAGCCUACAACGGAUAUCUCUAAACCUAACCUCGCUCGAGUCUGCAUUGAAUUUGAUCUGUUGAAACCUAAAGUUACUGAAGUGUACAUGGGGGUUGGUCACAACACUAUUUUGCAACAAAUUAUCUAUGAGAAUUGCCCUCACAAUUGCUGCUUCUAUCGACACAUGGGUCAUGAAGAAAAAGACUGUAUUGAUAAGAACAAAGGAGCAAAUAUUGAUGUGGAGGAUCCUGUUGUUGAUGAAGUGGAAGAACAACGUCUUCAAAAAAUUCUUUUCCAAGAUAAACGCAUUCAGGGAAAACCUAAGAGAAACUCCAGCUUUGAUGAUCAUGAUGAUGAUGCAGUGACUUCUUGUUUCACAAGAAGAGGGGCGUUGUCAAGUUCCACAAGUAAAGAGGGCAUUGCUCUUGUUGUUGGAUAUGAUCCAACAUUGCUCUCUCUUGCUCGUGCAUACUCUCUGCUUGACGCCAAGAACAGAUUCAGGACGGAUAACGACCCUAUGGUCAUCAAGAUGGAUAUUGCCAAUUUCUCGGUCCAUAAGGUAUUGGUGGAUAACGGCAGUUCGGUAGAUAUCAUUCUGAUGGAAGUUUUAAACAAGAUGGACCUUUAUAACGCUAAACUAGCACCGGUCGCAGCCCCUCUGGUCGGAUUUGGAGGUAGCGAAGUACAAUCGCUGGGUACGAUCAACCUACCAGUGUCUAUAGGUGAGGAGCCGAGGAGAAGAACGUUGAUGGUAAAAUUUCUAGUAGUCAGUACCCCCUUUGCUUAUAAUGUUAUACUAGGUAGGCCAGGACUUAACUCUUUCAAGGCCAUAGUAUCUACCUACCAUGGCAAAAUGAAGUUCCCAACACCCAACGGAGUAGGAGAAGUGUCAUGCGACCAAAUGGAGGCAAGGAGGUGCUAUAAUUUGUCCCUAAAAAAGGGCAACAUCGAAGAGAAAAGAAGGAAAUUAGAUAUUCUAGACGAGGAACAAGGCAAUCAGAAGACGAAAAGGAUCGAGUCAAUUGACGAGCAUAAGGAAGUGGGGAUAGUAGAUGGAGAUCCGACCAAAAUAACUAAAAUUGGAUCUAGAUUGACAAAGGAAAUGGAGACUUUGAUCUUCGCUUUCCUCCAGAAUAACUCAGAUGUAUUCGCAUGGGACCGAUCGGAUAUUAGAGGAAUAAGCCCAGAAGUAAUCGUCCAUCGUUUGAACGCCGAUCCAGCAGCGCGACCUGUCCAGCAGAAAAAGAGAUCUUUUGGCAUAGAAAAGAACGCAAUUAUUAAGGAAGAGGUCGAAAAAUUGUUGGCUGCGGGAUAUAUCUCGGAGGUCCAUUAUACCGACUGGUUAUCGAACGUGGUGGUCGUACCAAAAGCAUCAGGAAAGUGGAGGAUGUGUACUGACUUCACCAAUCUGAAUAAGGCGUGUCCCAAAGACCCAUACCCACUCCCAAAAAUUGAUGCACUUGUAGAUUCGUCUGCUGGAUUUAAACUCUUCUCCAUGAUGGACACCUACCAAGAUCAGGAGGACAAUGGAGGUGUUGUGGACGAUAUGCUCGUAAAGAGCGAACGACCAGAGGACCAUCUAGCCCACCUGGAGAUCGCCUUUAAUAUCAUGCGAGCUUAUGGAAUGAAGCUCAACCCGAGCAAAUGCACAUUCGGAGUGGGAGGCGGCAAAUUACUGGGCUAUAUGGUCAGCAGCCGGGGUAUAGAAGCAAAUCCAGAAAAGAUCGAAGCUAUACUGCAGCUGAAAUCCCCUUCGUCAGUAAAAGAGGUCCAGAAGCUAACCGGUAAGAUCGCGUCCCUUAAUCGCUUUAUUUCUAGAUCUGCCGAUAGAAAUUUGCAAUUUUCUAAAGUCCUUAGAAAACCGAAGGAUUUUAGAUGGACUAACGAAUGCGAGCUAGCAUUCAAAGAAUUUAAAAAUUAUCUUAAAUCCCCACCCUUAUUAGCCAAUCCGAAAGUGGGGGACGCAGUGUCUGAGAAUGCGGUCAGUUUGGUAUUGAUAAGAGAAGAAAAAAGGGUACAUAAUCCAGUGUAUUACGUCAGUAAAAUGUUGCAAGGGGCAGAGAGGAGAUACACUAUGAUUGAAAAGCUAGUCUUGGCAUUAGUAAUAACAGCUAGGAGGCUCCGACCAUAUUUCCAGUCGCACCAAGUGGUCGUGCUUAUAGACCAACCCUUGAAAACCAUACUGUCUCGACCUAAAGUUUCUGGGAGAUUAGUAAAAUGGGCAAUCGAGUUGGGGGAGUACGACAUCGAUUAUCAAGCAAGGACAGCGAAGAAGGGCCAAAUAUUGGCAGACUUUAUGAUAGAACUGACCGGAGAACCAACCCAGAAACUCGAUACUUGGAUGUUACAUGUAGAUGGGUCAUCUAAUGCUCACAACGGAGGUGCGGGAAUUCUGAUCCAAGGACCAGGAGUAGAGAUAGAGGUCGUUGUCCGACUCUCCCUUCCAACAACGAACAACGAGGCAGAGUAUGAGGCCCUGAUUUUGGGCUUGGACUUGGCCUACGAAGCAGGAGCAAAGGUGUUAGAAGUCUAUACCGACUCACAGCUCAUAGCAAUGCAGAUAGAAGGAAGUUACGAAAUAAAGGAGAAGACCAUGGCGCUAUACCAUAGAAGAGCUAAGAUGUUGAUGCAGCAGCUUGAUAAGUGUUCGAUCCAGCAGAUAUCGAGGUGCGAAAAUGACCAAGCCGAUUCAGUGUCAAAAUUUGGGGCCCUUCUCACUAGGAUCAAGGAUCGAAAGGUAAAGGUAUUAAUAAAGGAGCAACCAGCAAUAAACGAAGUAGUCGAGAUAAAUACGGUCGAGUCAACAUGCCCAUGGAUAGAAGAACUUGCAAAGUACCACAGAGAUGGCAUCUUGCCAGACGAUCAAGCACGAGCUAGAAAGUUGAAAUUCAGGGCUCCCAAGUUCACCUUAGUUGGGUCGCAGCUGUAUAAAAGAUCGAUUGAAGGGCCACUCCUUAAAUGCCUGGAUGACAAUCAAGCUAAGUAUGUUAUGUCGGAGGUCCACGAAGGAAGCUGCGGCAAUCAUUUCGGAGCAAGGUCGCUGGCGCAGAAACUAACCAGAUAG